UGCUGUUUGAGCUCAAGCAGAACCUCCUAGCUUCCUAGAAAGAGCCUGAGUCAUUGCUGCCAGAUGAAUCUCCUCUACACUUUUUUUUUUUAAAUUGGUACCAUACCCUAUAGUUCAUGCCGGGGUUAUAGGCGCAAACCACCAUAGCCAACUCCCCCGCUACCUCCACACAUUGUCUUCAGUGGGAGAUCUUCCAUUUCUACGUUUGGUGAGCUGAAACUCUGCUUGUGUCUUGAGAUUGGAGCUCUCAUGGCUGGUAUUUCCAUAAUGGCCAUGACUUCCAACAAAUGUGUGAUUACUGAAUCAGUCUUUUCCCAAACUCAAGGCAGUUGUACACUGAAAAGGUCUUCCACUGUAAUUGUGGACCAGGCUCCAAGUUUGCUGUAACCAAGUCUCUACAGUCUUGAAGAGUAAUCCUAUUACAAGUUGACCAUGAGUUUAACAUCUGCUUCACAAAAGGUCGAGAACCACACACAGCUCAAGCGUGCUGUAGGAGGAUCAGAAGUUCAAGGACAUCUUCCAUUACAAAGUUCAUGGAGCUUACAGCUGAAUGUUCUCAUCAGGACCCUCAUCUCUGUCCCUUAUAUAAGGCCAAGAGAUACUGUUUUGUUGGAUGAGCAGGCACCUCUGGAAGAAUCAGUUGAGUGAGAUGGUGCAGCCCAGUGGUGGCCCAGCAGGGGACCAGGACAUGCAGAGUGAAGAAUCUUCUCUGGGAAAGCCGGCAAUGUUACAUCUGCCUUCAGAGCAGGGUACUUCUGAGACUCUCCAGCGCUGCCUGGAAGAGAACCAAGAGCUCCGAGAUGCCAUCCGGCAGAGUAAUCAGAUGCUAAGAGAAUGCUGUGAGGAGCUGCUGCAUUUUCAGGUCAGCCAGCGGAAGGAGAAGGAGUUCCUCAUGUGCAAAUUCCAGGAAGCCAGGAAACUGGUAGAGAGACUGAGCUUGGAGAAGCUUGACCUGCAGAGACAGAGGGAACAGGCCUUAAAGGAUUUGGAGCACCUGAAGAAAUGCCAGCAGCAGAUGGCUGAGGACAAGGCCUCUGUGAAAGCCCAGGUGACAUCAUUACUGGGGGAACUCCAGGAAAGCCAGAGUCGCUUGGAAGCUGCCACCAAAGAACGGCAAACUUUAGAGGGAAGGAUGCGAGCAGUUAGUGAACAGGUUAGACAGCUGGAGAGUGAACGGGAAGUGCUGCAGCAGCAGCACAGCGUGCAGGUGGACCAGCUGCGCAUGCAGAACCAGAGUGUGGAGGCUGCCCUGCGAAUGGAGCGUCAGGCUGCUUCAGAGGAGAAGAGGAAGCUGGCUCAGUUGCAGGCAGCCUAUCACCAGCUCUUCCAAGAUUAUGACAGUCACAUCAAGAGCAGCAAGGGCAUGCAGCUAGAAGAUCUGAGGCAACAGCUCCAGCAAGCUGAGGAGGCCCUGGUAGCCAAACAGGAAUUGAUUGAUAAGCUGAAAGAAGAGGCUGAGCAGCACAAGAUUGUGAUGGAGACUGUGCCAGUCCUGAAGGCCCAGGCGGAUAUCUACAAGGCUGACUUCCAAGCUGAGAGGCAUGCCCGGGAAAAGCUGGUGGAGAAGAAGGAACUUUUGCAGGAGCAGCUGGAGCAGCUGCAGCGCGAGUUCAACAAACUGAAGACUGGCUGCCAUGAGUCAGCCAGGAUUGAGGAUAUGAGGAAGCGGCAUGUAGAGACUUCUCAGCCCCCUUUACUCCCUGCUCCAGCUCACCACUCCUUUCAUCUGACCUUACCCAACCAGCGGAGAAGCCCUCCCGAGGAACCACCUGACUUCUGUUGUCCCAAGUGCCAGUAUCAGGCUCCUGAUAUGGACACUCUACAGAUACAUGUCAUGGAGUGCAUAGAGUAGAAGCAGCAGAUGUAAGGCCACUUGUAAUACCAUGUCCUGAACUAUGCAACUUACGCUUUCCUGUUUCACCUGCAUAGUCCACAAUUAAGGGCUUGAUGUCAAAGAGCUGGCCUUAGGACCUAGCAGGACCCUUGCUUUAGCUCUUUGGUCUGCUAGUUCCCCCAUUAGGGUAGACAGCCCUAGUCAGGAUUUUUUUUCCGUCUUUUUUCUAUGUGCCUGAGCCACUUGCCUCUGGUAGCUUCUUCCUCCCUCUUUUCCCAUUCUCCUAGGGGGUCUAGAAUGGAGGCCAGAGGCUCUCAGGGAGCACCCUUUCUCUAAGCAGGACUGGGUGCAGCUCUUCUUCCCUCCAGCUGGUACCUUUCUUGCCCUGAGCUGUAGGCUGUCCUCCCAGAGCAUGUGGCACGUAAGGCCAUAACAUGUGUUGCCUCUGAUGGACAUUUGGGAAGUAUUCUGUCUUUUGCUACUAUAAGUAACGGUGCAGUGAAAGUACUUGUGCACUGAUCUGUGUGUACCUUUAAGACAUAUGCUUAGAUGUAGCAUUGGAGCCUUGCUGUGGAGGAGGUUGGUGGACCUUUGUGUUUCUGCCAUCUGCUAGACAUGCUAUUUUUUACUAAAGAGUAUGCCAAAGUGUCUUUUUCUGGGGUAUAUGGGCCUUUUUAAAUUCCACUCAUGUAACUUGGAUUUUCAUAUUUUCUACCCAUUUUCCUGUUACAUCAUUGCCAUUUGUUCUUGGGCUUUGGGAAGCUUUUUGAUCAUUAGUCAGGUUAGCUCUUGUCUAUCACAGAAAUUGCACACCUUGUUCCAUUUUGGUGGUGUUACUGUUUUGGGGCCUAGAAGCUGUUUAUGUACUCACACCCAUACUUUCCUCCAUAUUUUGGCUUUGGAGUUUUGGCUGCUUUGUGGUCUGACCAAAGACUUUCACAUACAUGUUUUUCUUAUUCCAGCACCAGUGUGCUCUUGUCUUUGUGAAGCACAUUCUUGUCUUGUGUGAAUGGUUGUUUCUAUAGUUCAUCACACUUCAGGAGUUUGUGAUGGCAUGUUCUCCACCAGCCUAAAUGUUCUUUCUUGGGAACCAUUUAGUAGCGACUGGCAGAUUGUGAACAAGGGAACUCUUCACUUGUUUUGCAAGGCAGUAGACAUUUUCUGGAACCUUACAGUCAUUGUUAUUAGCCUUGCAAUUCUAGUAAAGAAAAGGAAGUUGGAGUUGAGAAAGCAAUAGAUGUGACUUGCUGACUCCUCAGAUCUGAAACCCUUCCUGCCCUCCUGAAUGCUUUCAUAGUUCUGAGUGGGAUCUGUAAAUCCAUUCCUGUUCUGGGGCUUUUUCCCCACAGGACUACUUAUCUAUUAAGGGUGAGAAGGCUAAAUAGAAUCAGGAUUUAAAAAGGGAUUGAAAAAGUAAGCCUGAGCUGGGUUCUUCCUCAGGAUUCUCAGGGGGUGGGGAACAAGUUUUCCAUUUUCUAAUUCCCAGGUAUUUAUUAGACAGAUCUUUGGGAAAAUGUUAAAGGAACAGACAUGUUCUUUGUUCAUAAGGCCUUCAUUUAAAUACCUAAUCUAAUUUUCCUUCAGAAGCGCUAUUGGUUUGGUUUGAUUCAGUUCAGUUUUGUGGUGGUAUAUGACUUUCUUAUAGCUGUUUUAAAAAUUCUCAGAGACUUGAAGUGGCAACAAAAAAAAUCAGUUUUUCAUGUCUGGAAGUCAGAUGUUAAGUUUCUUCUGGGAAUCAAUUCCAGGUUUUCUCCUUGCUCUUGGUUUCUGGCAGUCUUUGGUGUUGCUUGGUUUAUAGACCUAUCACUCCAAUCUCUGGUUCUUGUGACUCAUGGUCUCCUCCUCUACUUCUGUCUUGUAGAUGUGGAGUCUGUCUGGUAAUUAAGGAGGAUCUCCAGCUCAAGACCCUUACCUCACUACACCUACCAAGACCCUUUUCCCAAAUAAAGUCAUGUUCUCAA